ACAAUGGCUUCUGAAAAGAAGCUGGGGAAAGAAUUUUUUUUAGGCCGUGAAAAAUAGAGAAAAAUAAUUUCCAAAAUUUGGAAAGUGGAGAUCGCGUGCAAAAACUUAUCGGAAAGAGAUGCCGAGUCAACGGCGGUCGGUAAAAAAGAUGUGCAGCAAUACUUCCUGGUGUCCUCCAACGAGAAUUGUUGGAACUGGUUGAAAAAGAAUUGUCUUGGCAGCACCAAGGGAGAUUGUUAUACAUGCGGAGCAAGUCAUGCCAAAGAUCUCGUUGGGAAAUGCAUCUCCUGUGACUGAGAGAGAAGGCGUGCAAUUGUUUCCCAGGCCUCCGCUGUUCCCAGUUAAUAAGUGGUUAUUCAGAAGUAUAGAGCAGAGGCCUGGCAACAAAUUCCACCUCUUUUGGUAGAUGUCAAGUGCAAAUCAGAUACUUGACCAGAGAGUUAUGACUGAUCGGGAUAAUUGUUCAGGGGUGAAUAUCAACCUGUGUCCCUCCACUUCAUGACGCCUCCACUGCACUGCAUAAGAUUUCUCUACUUCUCCCAAAUUGUUGAAGCAACCUUAAACUCUGGAUGCAACAGGUAUCUAUCAACUGGAAGUGAUCAUAAUACACAGACUGAAAACACAGGAAAUACACUUGGUAGCGAGAAGAAGGAAGAUGCGCAGAAGGUGUUAGAAGCCAAAUGGAAAGGGAAGGAGUCAAAGCCAAGGAGAACCCUUGAGUGCCUGAUCUGCGGAGCAUUCUUCAGCAGUGUUGACAAACUUAAAGUCCAUUCUUACUCUCACACAGGAGAGAGGCCCUACACGUGCUCACACCCGGAGUGCACUAAAGCCUUUGUGUCCAAGUAUAAACUUCUCAGGCACAUGGCCACACAUUCACCACAAAAAACACAUAAGUGCACCUACUGUGAAAAAAUGUUCCACCGGAAAGACCACCUGAAGAACCACCUUCAGACACAUGAUCCAAAUAAAGAGGCGUUCAAGUGUGAAGAAUGUGGCAAGAACUACAAUACUAAGUUGGGCUACAAGCGUCACCUGGCACUGCAUGCUGCCACCAGUGGUGACCUGACCUGCAAAGUAUGCCUUCAGACAUUUGAGAGUACAGAAGUUCUGCUUGAGCACCUGAAAACACAUUCGGGCAAGUCGUCAAGCGGAGUUAAGGAGAAGAAGCACCAGUGUGACCACUGUGAUCGACGGUUCUACACUCGCAAAGAUGUUCGGAGACACAUGGUUGUUCACACGGGCAGAAAAGACUUCCUCUGUCAGUAUUGUGCUCAGAGAUUUGGCAGAAAGGACCACUUGACAAGACAUAUGAAGAAGAGUCAUUCACAGGAAUUACUGAAAAUUAAAACUGAGCCAUCUGAUAUGAUGGGUUUGCUUCACUCCAGUCCACCCAUAACAGUGAAGGAAGAACUUAGUCCAAUGAUGUGUAUGGCUUCAAAGGAGGCGGUAGGUAAGCCAUUUACUAGUUUGCCAAUGAGUAUGUACAGUCCACACAUUCAAGCCAUGGCAAACUCAGGAUCAUCACACAGUCUGGUUGCCAGUUCUCUUGCUAUGGGAAUGGGUUGCCAAAUGGAGUCUCCGUCAUCAAUUCAUUCAGCACCCCCUCAACCUCCUUCUAAAUAUCAGCUUGGAUCUACCUCAUAUGCCACUGGCUUGUCUGAGAAGCCAACAGAAAGUUACUUAAUGGACUUGCACAGCAGUUUGCCACUUUCAUCCCAUGAAUCUCAGUCUUCACCAGCUAAAGUAGGCUUAGAUUCACAAACUGGGCCUCUGGAUGACAUUUCUGGUGAACAUUUGCUUUCCAAAAGCCCUGCUAUAAUUACUGAAUCCCUCUGUACAGCAAACAUGGACUUUUCACAUUUACUGAGCUUCUUACCACUGAACCACCCUACGUACAAUCCACCUGUUUCAACAGGGGGGCUGGUAAUGGGCUAUGCUCAAAGUGAACCUCAGUCCUUGCUUACUGCUCUUCAGCCUCAGCUCCAGGACUCCCAGGGAUCUGGAAAUGGUCUAAACCUUGGGCCUCUUCACCCGUUAUCUCCCGUCUUUACCACCAGUCUGAGCACAACGACAUUGCCACGUUUCCACCAGGCUUUCCAGUGAACUACUGUUGAAUCUUUUAUUCAAUAAUCUGUGCUUGGAGUGGAAUUUAGUGAAGCGCACAAAGCUUUCUCGAACUCAAAGGAAGCUAAAGCUUUGAAGAAGCUUUUAUAAGGCAAUUUCCGUUAUUCAGUUUAAUCCAUAAUAUGGAGGGUUAUUUUUAAAAAUCUAUUAGCAACUGAUGAGGCGUAUACAAACAAUGAGCCUUUUGCUUUUUACACUCUACUAUGGAUAGAAAUCCACGUGAGGGCUGAUCAUGUCAGAACUCUGAAGUGGAUGAGUUUUAAUGUGAAAAUUACUCCCCAGAUAGCUAGCAUUUCAUAUGUGUUUAACAUACAUGGAGACCUGUUACAAUUGAGAAGUUAAUUCAUGCGCUAAAAGUCUGAAAUAGAAUUACAGGGAAAGAUUAGUGAAGGAUGGGAAUAUAAUAUAGUUAAUAUAGCAUUGUGCAACAUGUAUUAAUCUCUGCUUUGUCCAAAUCAUGUUUUUAAAACUUUUUUGUCGCAUGCAAAGGUCUCCUCAUGAAACAAAAGUUGGUCUGUGAAAUAGUUAAAUUGUGCUCACAAUGUGAGCUGUGCCCAUUCAAUUGCCCUCUUUUUAAAAAAGGUAUUGGAUUAUUUCUUCUUUAAAACACCCUUCAGUUCCUCAAAAUCUAGACAUUGUAGAAGUGCCAGGAAGAUACAUGCCAGGAUGUGUUGAUGUGAAUAAUAAUUUAAAGAGCAGUGCCUAGAAAUUUUCUGUUCAUGAUGGUGCUAGGGAAAUGCUUAGCAUUUUCGCAUGAAUUUUCUUUGUUGUUUUAAUGGUGUUAUGAAUUCAUUUUAAGUAAACUGGUCAAUACCUGUUAAAAUACAAUCAAAUGGGGUCUAAUAGACACUUCAAGUUGUGAAUGUUGACAGAAGUAAUUUCUUGCGUUUCUUUCUGUAUAGCUACAUUUGUCAUACUGGGGUGUAUGAAAGUUUUCACCUUACUAGAUUGGUCCCUAUUUACUACUAUGAUUGCAAAGCAGCUGCUUCAUUUUCCUCAUGAAGUAAUUUUUUUUGAGAGGAUAGAUGUCACCUCCUUUAUGUUCAAUUAUUUCAUACCAUGGUUCACACAUUAAUCUAUAAUACUGUGGUGCACAGAGCCUAUAUAGUUUAUGCCUUUGAGAGUUCUCGAACAUUAACAUUAGCUCUUUUACAGCGAAGCUUAUAUGUUGCAUCCUAUGUAAUAAAAUUAGCAGUUUAAAUUUUGCUGCUAAUUUUUCUCGGGUACAGAUUAAGCUCCUCAGUGAUUUUGUUCAGUACUAGGCUCAGGAGCACCCCGGUCGUGUUCUGUGCAGUACUGUAAAAACAUUUCAGACCAUAAUUAACAUUGAUUAAACAUCUCUCAAAAGGGGAAUAGCCUAAAGCAAGGUAGACUUGAAUGUUAGUUUGUAACAAAGGUACACAAUUGCACAAAAAUAAUCAUAGCCAAUCGAUCAAAGUUAGCUUGAUGCACAUUUUUACGGGAGUCUGGCUCUAUUUUUCUAAACUAUUGAAGAAUCUUCCUUUGCGUCCAGAUUUGUGGCAUACGUAAAACUUAGCAUUUUGAAUAAAAUUCAUUAUCAUAAUAGCCACUAUCUAAAUGUGUGAUGCAAUUUUCCUUCCAACACUAAUUUUGCUUUAAAAAAAAAUCAGCUUUAAAAAACAAAACACUGAGCACUCUCAAUUCUCAGCUUACUGGGGAGAAAUUGUGGCUUAAUUAUAAUGCAUUUGCUUCUUGUAUUUUAAUAUCUGCCUUUUACAUCUGAAUAAUAAUCGUAAAUUUUGCUUUGUGCAUUCAUUUAAACCCCAACGUAUCUUCGAGAAGGAAAGACAUUAUGAUAUACAUCUGUGUAUAAUACUACAAUGCAUAUAUUAGAAGAUUUAGUUCCAAAAAGUAGUUAAAACACAUCAAGCUAAUUAAAUUCUUAACCAUCGCCUGCAAGAGGUGCAUUGUUGGCUUGUAGGCGUAGUAACCUUAAAAUCCAUCAAGUAUCACUAGACUUUUAUUAUAGUGAAUAAUUACUUUGAAAAUAUUGUACCUUUCCUUGUAUUUAGGAGUUGUGAGAUCUACAAAGGAUACAGAACAGGGUGUUUGGAUUAAGAAUACCCUGAUUAUAAGUCAGGGUCUCAUCAAGAAAGAUUUUUAUGUUAUGCUUGUGUUUAAUAUAAAGAUUUUAAUUCUGUUACUGUUUUGCCUCUCCUGACAGUGCCUUAUUCUGGCCACCAGAGGCUUUGAGCUAUUUGAAUCCUUACUUCACAGUUCUCUGAGCAGGACCUCACAAAGACACAACACAUCACCUCAUGCAUGCUUCUUGCUAUAAGCCUAGGAGAAAACCAAACCUGCCUUACAGUGAAUGUGGAUCUCUGUUACUGAAUCAACAGCAGGACAAGCCUGCUGUUGAUUUGCAAUAAGCUGAUUUAAAAACAAUUAAAUUCCUCUUGCAAAUCAACAAUAUCUAUAUUUUAAUAUAUAAAUUAUUUUUAUGAAAAUAAUAUCACUGCCAAAUUGCUAUAAUGGCAGAAAUCAUAUGCCAUUUCUGUUAUAGCCUAGAGCGGUUUAUUUUAUAAACCAGUAAAUUGUUGCAGCAAUAUGUAUAGUGUGGCUUUACUCAACUCUAAAUAUCUUAAUGGAUUUCCUCAGUUCACUGUUUCAGAAGGAAAAUAAUGUAUAGACUGUUGUGAUACCAAUUAGAAAAUUACUAAUUACUUAUGUUUCAUUCCACCUCAACAAAAUAAAUUAUUUAUAUCAAGGAUGAUUGGAUGCAAAUGAGUGACAACAACUCUCUGUUACCUGUGGACAGAUUUUCUGAGUUAAUCUUGACAUUAUUUGGCUAAAAGCCAAAGUGACAAUAUCAACUUUAUUCAUAUAAAGUGAAUAACUGUAGAGUAAUCAAGUACACCUUUCUCAGUGAACUUUAAUUUCUGUAUUCAUUGUAAGGCUAAUAGUUCCUCUUAUGGCUGGUUAACUCACUAUGUUCUAGCACUUUCAGAAUUCUUUAUAGGAGAGUAUCUCUUCAGCACCAUAAACUGGUAAUGAAUCUUUUAUAAAAUUUAAGUGCCAUUAGAAUUUUGUUAGAUGUAUUUAGUGUUACUUACGAUAAAAGAGCAUUACAGUGUUUUGUAUUACUACCAUUCAGCUGCUCUAUUUUGUACUUUAAUAUGUAGGAUAUCUGAUGUAUAAAUCAACUUGAUGUAAAAACCACAAUUACUCUCAAAUCUUUUUCUUUCUUGUUUAAUUCUGUGUGCCAGGAUUUCCAGUUGUUCACAUUCAAAAAUGUACAGACUGUAUUUUGCAUUGUGCAUGUUGCAUCUCUGUUCACUGUACAUUAACCAGUGUUUACCAAUGAUUUAUACAUCAGAUGGCCCAUAGUCGGUGUGCUUCCAUAGUUGCACAAUUUCUCUGUAUUUUGUAAAGUUCUUGACAAUUAAAAGUGUCAUGUUCUAUAUUUGUACUGAUAUUUUAGGACUGAAUGAAAGCAGAUUCAAGGUAAAAUAAUUUGCCUGUUAUUUUAUUUUCAAAAUUAUAUGUGCCUACUCCUAAAGAAAAUUCAUAGACUUGGAAAGGAGGCAUAAUCAACAUUGUGUUUGCUGGAUUGUUCCACAGUGGAUGACCGAAGACUGAAAACAGUUUUGCUUCCUCACAAAUCACUAAAUACUGUUCAGAAGGUUUUUCUCUCUCAAACUUCCAUGUGCCAAGCUUCGUCCAGGACUAAAGUGAAUGUGUAAAACACUUAAGGCAUAGAGUCCACAUGAAGUGUCAAUAGAUUAUUAGUAAUAGAUAGUAAAAAGUUAUUGCAGUUGGGGGAAAAAAAUGCAGGCAACUUCUGUCCUUUAUACAUUGUGUAGUAAAUAGUAUAUUUUUCCUGCAUUUUGUUUUAAAUACUGCAUUCUGCCACAACAGGAUGCUUAUUGCAUAUGGUAAUCAUUAUUUUUAUAUAGCAUUUUAUUUACAUACUACUGGUAUUUUGUACAAAAUGUAUUUCAGGUAAAGAGCAACAUAAUCACAUAUUUUUACACGAGUGUUUUAUCAGGUUUCAUUUGCAAUCUGUUGCUGCAGUUGAAUUUGUUGGACAUUUGUAUUGGUAGAUCCAAAGAAGUAUUUCAGCAAACAUAUUUACUUUAUUGUACAUUAUACUUUGACUGCUACCAUGUUAUCUUUGAGCAAUUAAAAU